CCCCCGCCAAAUAGGCGUCUCGACCGUAUUCCCAGAGACCCCCAGUUGUGCUUCAACCACUUCAACCAUCAACCCACCUUCUCCUCGCCCCAUUCGAAACAAUCCAGGCAAUCCCACCUGCGACACUAUCUCUGGGAAUCCCAACUAUAAGCCUCGGUCGGUCAUCUUCGGACCCUCUACCAGAGACUGCGAUACAGCAACCCCGAGUACCCUGCGCGAAGAGAGAACCCUUCGCCUUCGUCAAGUCAGCUCAAUGAGACCCUUCGUCGCGAAGUCAAAUCUGAUGCCCUCGAAUUCAAAGACGCCGCUUGUUACGAUCGGUACUGCUUCCAGUAACGGCCAAUAGGUUGUAGGAGGGAAAAAAUCGACACUGGCUACGCUUUGCGCGAUACACACGACCAGCCGUUCGACAGGGCAUCGCCGCGACAAUGGUGGUGUUCGACUUGACAGCAUGGCGGAAGCCCGAAAGCGCAGCCGGUUCCCCGGCGCCUGCGAUCAUGAUCGGAGCCUUCGUCGCGUUUGGAGGCAUACUGUUUGGAUACGAUACUGGCACGAUCAGCGGCAUCAUUGCUAUGCGAUGGUGGCUCGACCACUUCUCGACGGGCAGUAGGGACAGCGACGGCCUACUUUCUAUAACGCCGACACAGUCGUCCGAAAUUGUGUCGAUACUCAGCGCGGGGACGUUCUUUGGGGCCCUACUCGCCGCCCCGAUUGGUGAUAGGAUAGGGCGUCGGAAAUCUCUCAUGUUGGCAGUACUGGUCUUCGCAUUUGGUGUCGCGAUGCAGACAGCCUCAAACACGAUUCGCAUCUUUGCCGCUGGAAGAUUCUUUGCUGGCAUGGGCGUUGGAACGAUAUCCGUGCUUGUCCCAUUGUAUCAAUCCGAGAUGGCACCAAAAUGGAUUCGUGGAGCGUUAGUUUGUUGUUACCAGCUCGCUAUUACAGUCGGCCUAUUUAUCGCCGCAGUCGUGAAUUACCUCACCUCAAAUCUAGAUUCCGCCAACUGCUUUCGGAUACCUGUCGCCAUACAGCUCCUGUGGGCUGGUAUCCUCUUUAUCGGCCUGGUUAUUCUCCCCGAGACCUCUCGAUAUCUUAUCAAACGGGAGAUGCACGCGGCAGCUGCAGCGUCGCUCUCUCGAAUUCGGCGUCUUGAUAUCACUCAUCCGGCCUUAAUCGAGGAAAUAGCAGAGAUUGAAGCUAACCAUGCCUACGAACUCUCUCUUGGGCCCUCCACCUAUCGAGAUGUAUUCCGCGGCGCGCCUCAUCUCGGAUUCAGGGUAAUGACUGGCUGUGGCCUACAAAUGCUCCAACAGCUGAGUGGCUGCAAUUUUGUGUUCUACUACGGUACUACAUUUUUCAAACGUGCCGGGAUCGAGUCGCCAUUCACGUACGGCCUCGUGACAACUGUCGUGAACGUCGUCUGCACCGUCCCCGGCAUGUUUCUCGUCGAAGCCUGGGGCCGACGCCGCCUUCUCCUGGUCGGCGCUGUCGGAAUGGCAGCGUCCCAGCUAAUAGUCGCCAUAGUCGGCACCGCAUUUGGCGCCCAGCCUGACGACCAUGUCUGGAAUAAAGUCAUGAUGGCCUUCGUCUGCGUAUACAUAGCCUUCUUCGCCAUGUCCUGGGGCCCUGUCGUCUGGGUUGUCACCUCAGAGAUCUACCCCCUCAAAGUCCGCGCAAAGUCCAUGUCCAUUUCCACCGCCACCAACUGGCUCUUCAACUGGGCCAUCGCCUACGCAACACCCCACCUAGUGAACAACGGCCCCGGCUACGCCGACCUCGGCUCCAAAGUUUUCUUCGUCUGGGGCGCCUUCUGCGUCGCAUCCUUCUUCUUCGUCUGGUUCCUCGUCUUCGAGACCUCCAAGAUCUCGCUCGAGCAGAUCGACGAGCUCUACGAGCGCGUCGACCACGCUUGGCACUCAACCUCCUUCCAGCCUAGCUGGAGCUUCCAGGACAUCCAGGAGAACGGGGUCGGGCAGGCCAGCAGCGUGAGUCUGGCGGAUCGCACGAAGGCGCGACGGCACCAGUUUGAAGAUUCGAGCACGAUGCUGGGGGAGGUGCAUACGCAUGAUCCAGAGACCGAGCACGGCAUCACGCCGACACCUACGCGGAGCAGCCAAGCGACUAGCUCGGCGACAGAGACGGACGAGGAUAAGAUUAUUGCGUCGCUGGGGAAUGUGAAUUUCACGUUCUAGCUUGGAUCAUCGGCGCGCUGUUUAUACGCUUUCAUUGCAUUUAACGCUUAAUACCCCAUGGCCAUGUCAGAUCACCUCAUCCAUCUAUCAUCAUCAACAUUUACCGCCGCGUUUGUCAUCACCACAUAUCUUCACUCCGACUACCAUCCACAUAUCUAUCUGUCCAGCUUUCAUUCAGCGCGGCGCCAGUAUAUCUCAUCAUCUAACGGUCAUUUAUCGUCAUAUAUUAUUCUUUAUUUUCGGGUGUUUUUGGAGGGAGUUUAAGGGGGUUUGAUGGGGUUAUGGACCUCGGGAGGCGGGUUGGGUCAGCUUCCUCGUGUUGUUCAUGUUAGGCGCUGUUAUCGGGUCGGGGAUAUGAAUCGGACGAAUGGGUCGCGGUAGGAGCGGUGUUAUGUGGUGUGUUGUGACCCCUAAUGGGAGGGGACAAGGGAUAAUUUGUCUAUAGGGAGGGGUGUGAUAAUAUAGUCAAAUCUGGCUAUAUACAACAGACUCAUUGAUAUCGUCUACUGUUAUUUUACACCUUCUCUGCACAAUCAGCCUUGCUUGUUUACGUCUCUUAGCGAUCAAACCUCUGCCACUCCAGCUAUCUUCGCACAGCCUUGCCCAGGCUUUCCCACCAUAGACCGACAGGCCACAGUUGCAACUCGAGAAUUCGACGACAUUGCCUUCAAAUUCCGAGGUCUAAUAACUGCGAAUGUCGACGACAACAGCCGCUGGCUGAUGUCGUCGGAGCGGGUGGUAAUGACAAGCUGGUGUGGUGACGAGCAGCCGGUGUGGAACCGAGAAGACGGAGUGGCGUCAAGAAAGCUCGCAUGGUGGCCAUAAACCAGCUUGGAGUUCACAAGUGAGCUGACCAUCUGGUGUUGGUGUUGUCGUUGUCGUUGUUAACAGAGGGUCGUAGGUCGGAAGUUCGGAAACUAUUUGUGAACCAGGUCACCUAGGUUUAUGUACAGGGGUCUCUCGGAGGCAGUGUCUUGACGUUCUCUCCAACAGCUUGCUGGCAGGAUUAUGUACCGUACGUUGUAUAAGCCUUUUUCAUUUCUCCUUUUAUACCAACCAUCGAAUUCCUCUCCGACUUCAGCUGCCAUCAAUAUGUCCACUAUGUGCCCUUGGAUGAUGGCUUCAUAUAACACACACAAGCGCCACCAAGUAUCCAAAAAUAAAUCAUUAACCUCACCCCCUACCCGCUCCAAGUUAACCACACAAACAACGACCCCGCUACCCACAGCACCCUCCAUACGCUCUCCGCAAACUCCCUCCCUAUCCUCCCCAGCGGC